GGACUAGAACUCUACAAUGGAAUCCUCAUGCGCUAUGUUAAAGCUUCAAGUGCUUACUUGGGCAGUCAAGAGGAUGCAUUAGACUUUGAUAUCACCUAUUACCGGAGCAAAGAUCCACUGACUCCCAGGCUUUACGAAGAUAUUCUGGAAGAGAUAGAACAAAUGGCAGUGUUCAAGUAUGGAGGUCUUCCACACUGGGGGAAGAAUAGGAACAUUGCAUUCGAUGGUGUGUUCAAGAAAUACAGAAAUGUAACAGAGUUCUUGAAGGUGAAAGAGGCGUACGACCCAUCAGGGUUGUUUUCGAGCGAGUGGACCGACCAAAUGCUUGGGUUAAAAGAUGGGUUGAGCAUUGUCAAAGAGGGGUGUGCCUUGGAAGGGCUUUGUAUCUGCUCACAAGAUAUUCAUUGUGCUCCAAGCAAAGGGUAUUUCUGUAGACCUGGCAAAAUAUACAAGGAUGCAAGAGUCUGUACUCUUAUCAAGCAAUUGGGAUUUGUUGGAGAUGCCUCAACUGAGUCUCCAUCAAAUCUUUUUCAAGCUUAAUUAACUUCUCACAUGUUUCAGUAUGCCUCAUUGCAUCAUAUCUAAAAAUGUCCAACACAUGUGCCUGCAAAACUCUACUGUAUUGUCUACGAUCCCAUAUGUAACCUUCUCCAUAUUAUUAAUAAUAUUGGGAUUGUUUA